GUGAUAUGAGAAGAGAAAAGGAAAUCGAAAAUGAAAAUAAACAGUGACUUUGUUAUGAGGAUGCAAGUGUAGUUUCAAAUUGAAUUUAAAUCAGUAACAAAUAUUUUAUCAUUUUAAAAUUUAUUGAAAAAAGCAGUAUAAUUUUUGGUUUUUCUCUUGGCUAUGUACAUUUUCUUUCGUAAACCUUUGAUGAAUGAUACUUAGGAUGGACCAAAAUGAAAAUGAAUCUGAGAAAGUGAAGGAACUUCCCAAACUGUCUUUUAAAAGACUUCAGUGGCCACUUAGCCAGAUAGUUAAUACAGCAAUACCAUUGCAUGUACAACUUCUGAAUGAACACAGCAAAAAUAUAGAGACUCUCAAAAACAAAAAUCAACCACUUCAGCUACGCCAAGAACAAUCAAAUGCAUGUAAAACUCUUCAGUUGUUGAAAGAUGAUUUGUACCAAAUUGAGCAGCUAAAUUUACAGGUCCAAGACAAAGAUCAGGAAGUAUUUGAAAAAACAAUUCGAAAAUCUUUAAAAGAUGCUGUUGAUGCGAUUUCUGAAUUUAUGGUAUCUCAUUCUGAUGUCCUUGGUCCACUUUUAGACCUGGAUAAUGAUUUAUCACAAGAAUCUGCUGAAUUUCCAAAAUUGGUGUGUGGUACAGUUACUGACUCAGAUAUUGUUGAUGAAUCUAAAGAAUGUAUAGUAGAAAACUGUCCCAUUGAUUCACAGCUUGUUGUGCAUGAUCACCCUGCAUCACGCAAUUGGUCAUUUCUACGAAAACAGUUACUUGAAGUUCAUUCUUUAAUACACCAAUUUGCAUCUCUAGUUUUUCGCCAACAGGAUAGUAUUGACAACGUACAAUCCAAUAUUGUUGAAACUCAUGAAAAUGUACGUAUUGGGACAUCUUAUCUAAAGAAAGCCAGUCUUUUAAAAGCAGCUACCUUUCCUAUUGCUGGUGCUGUUGUUGGUGGAAUACUAUUGGGUCCAGUUGGAGCUUUAGCUGGAUUUAAAUUACUAGGAAGUGUUGCUUGUAUGGCUGGAGGAUCAGCAAUUGGCUAUGGUGCUGGUUUGGGAUUAAAGAAGAAAAGCCAAGAUAUAUGCGACAGCAUUGAAUUAAAACCUUUGAAGUAUGAAUCUAAAUCCAUUUCAAAUUCUUCUCCUGAUCUGUACACAGAUGUUGUAGCAAAACAGGAAAGUUGAUUUUUGAAGGCUGAUGUAUAAUAUUAUUUUAAAUUAACAAAAAAAAAUCC